GAGUUAUGUGACAAUCAGCGUUGGUUUGUUUGUUUGUCUGCCUGUUAGCAACAUUAUUCAAACAUGGACUAACAGAUUUGGAUGAAAUUUUUUUGAAUCUUGCAGGUUUGGCAGGAGGACUACAUGGCCUACAGCCUGAGGGUCUAUUCAGGAGCAUCUUGUUGACAAAGUAAACACCCUCCAUUGUCGGUAUGCUGCCAAUUAUGAGCUAAGCUCUUGAGCGGUUUUACUCCAGCCACAAGUUAUUAAUACAAUCUGAUCAUCCUGAUACACAAUAGGCACAGUUGUAAUAUGUGAAGUUUGUAUAGUGAGCAGCUCUUGUAAACAAUUUCUUCCUUUAAACAAUAAGAUUUAGGUUUACCACUACCUCACCCCUCUACUAGACUGUGGCUUCCCUCUUCCCAGUGGGACUGACAAACAUUAGAUGAACUAUGGCUUUUCUCAUGAAUCAAAUGUUGGGUGAUAAGUUAAAGAGUUUUACCGGAGGAAAAGGUGAAGAUAACAGCAAAGCAGGAGCAGAUGGAAAGGAAACUGCAAAGUCCAAAGGCAUGUCCAGGCAGGAGUUUGAGGAGUACCAGAGUACCUGGUGGAAGAAAAGUGAGACUCAGCGUGACAAGGACUUUGCCACAAAGAAGGCUGAGAGAGCAAAUCUAACAGUAGCACUGAGAGAUAAAUAUCGACUUCCAGAAAGCUCCCAAGACACUCCUACAGUUCAGAUGGUCGGAGAUGACACUGACAUGCCAGAGGACCUCACAAAAAUGGUGGAUGAAGAUGAGGAAGAAGAGGAGAUCAAUGAUUCAUUCCUCAAUAAACUUUAAAACAUGGAUGUGGAUACCCUGAAAACCGAGGCCCAGGGCACAGUGACGGAGAUGAAGCAGACAGCAGAAAAGUGCACCGUCACGUGA